UGAUGCUAUCAUUUAAUUAAGGGAGACAGACUGUUAGAUAUAAAUUUUCAAAGUCAGAUAAUGCUCGUGAGCUUGACAUUCAACCCCUUUAAAGAUUUUGGGAAGUUUGCCAUCGAAUCAAGAUCGUUCUGUUUCCAAUGUUAAUAUUCUAGCUGAGUGCAUACUUGUCGAGCAGUUCGUCGUCGAUGAGCGACUGGCGCGCACCUGUCGAAUUUACUAUUUUAUCAUCGCCUACAAACAAGUGCCUUAAUUAAUAUUCUCAUAUAUUUUUCUUUAUAAUUUUUUUUUAAAAUAUUUUCACCAUUUUUUUUUAAAUUUGUUAUUAAAAAAAAAAAAUCAAUCUCAUGCCAUUUUUUCCUUUUUUUUUCUCAAAUAACCCAAAAAAAAUUUAAAUUUCAAAUUCUUCUGCACAAAAAAAAAAACGUUCAUCAAAAGCAUUUUUCUUGCUGUUUUCAACAAAAUCUUUCCUCUUAAAUAAAUAACAUAUUUUUCACAUCGUUAUACCAAAAGUUUAUAAAUAAAAUAAACUAUACACAAAAUAAUCGAAAGUGUGACGAAAUGUUAUUACAAAUUUUUCCUUGCUUGGCAAGGACAAUUUUUUAUAGUUUUUUGAUAUAAAUUUUUAACUUGAAAAUAAAAAAAAAAAAAAAAAUAUUCAUUACUGAAUAUUGUGAAAUGAAAUUGAUGGAAUUAUGUGAGUCACAUUAGCUACGAAAUGUUGGAAGAAGAUGGGAACUAUGUGCGAGUCCCAUGGGAUGUAGAAGGGACAGGUUUCAUAGAAAAUCCUGCUCCUAGUUUAAGAAAAAGCAAUUUUUGAUUAGUGGAUAAAGAAAAAUGACAGUAUCUUACCAAUAUGAAGUGGCCAGUUCAACCAGUGGAGGAUUCACCAGGUUGCUCUUUAUGUGGCGUGGCUCCUUAUACAAACUCAUCUACAGAGAACUUCUACUUUAUUUGAUUCUUUUUGCUGGUCUUUCAGCAAUUUAUCGACACGUCUUAACACCCUCUCAAAAAAGUAUUUUUGAGCAAAUUGUCAUUUACUGUGACAGUUUAAUUACAUUGAUACCACUGAGUUUUGUACUUGGAUUUUAUGUAGCUCAUGUGGCUGCUAGAUGGUGGGAACAAUACACAGCGAUUCCUUGGCCAGAUAAAGUGAUGCACCUGGUAGCUUUAUACGUAACCGGAAAUGAUGAAUACGGAAGAAUGCUACGCAGAUCACUUAUGCGUUAUUUGAAUCUCUCAUUGAUUCUCGUUUUAAGAUCAAUUAGUUCUGCUGUUAAGAGACGAUUUCCAACAUUGGAUCAUGUUGUCGAUGCUGGUUUUAUGACAUCAUUGGAAUUAGGUUUAUUUCAAUCAGUUCCAAGUCUCGAAUUUAACACAUAUUGGAUACCUUGUACCUGGUUUAUUAAUUUAUUGAAAGAAGCUCGUCGCAAUCAUCGUUUACCUGAUGCACAAGGACUAAAAAUUAUCAUGGAGGAGUUUAAUCAAUUUCGUUCUAAAUGUGGACUUCUUUGGAGUUAUGAUUGGGUCUCAAUUCCAUUAGUCUAUACACAAGUUGUGACACUCGCUACUUAUAGUUUCUUUGCUGUUGCUCUCGUUGGACGACAAUAUAUUGACAGUGAUCUAAAUGGGACCAAAAAAACACAAAUGAAAAUUGACAUUUAUUUACCAGUUUUCACAAUUCUACAAUUUUUUUUCUUCAUGGGCUUACUUAAAGUUGCUGAGCAAUUAAUUAAUCCAUUUGGCGAUGACGAUGAAGAUUUUGAAUUAAAUUGGCUAAUCGAUCGUCAUACAAAGGUAUCGUAUCUUGGAGUAGACACAUUAAUGAGUCGAUGUCCACCUUUAGUAAAGGAUUAUUAUUUCGAUUCGGAAAAUAUUACUUUACCCUAUACGGAAGCUGCCGCUGCAUAUAAAAAGAAAACUUAUAGAGGAAGUGUCGCAAAUAUGCCAGUACCAGAAGAUAAGCAAUCUAUGUUUCUACCGGAAAUUGCUGAAGAAGAUGACAACAAUAGCAAAUUAAGUGCAACACCACGGACAUCAAGUGCAAGUUUAGCUAAUCACUUGCACGAUAGUCCAGAUGUUGAUAGGCGCCAGAUUAGUGGCUCUCCUGCGGACAGUCCAAAGAUCAUUCAAAAAGGUAGUGAAAUUAUUGUUCCAUUGGAAAUUCAAGAAACAAUUAUUGUCGAUCAAUCAACCACUGAUAGACGACGAACCAGCACCUUGAUGGAAGCUGUAAAAAAAUUCUCACGAACAAAAUUACCAACGCCACGUCUUGAUCAAAUGCGAAAACCAUUUUUUGCCCUCACUAAAUCAUCAAAAGUCAAUAUUCAACCAUGGCCAAGCGCAACAAAUCUCACACAUUUUGCAAAUUCACAAAAAAUUGAUUCACGUAAACAAUCUGAAGCAUCGACGACAGUUCAAAGAGCCGAUUCAUUUAAUAUUCCCGUUAUUGAUAUUCGUCAUUCGUCUCUGGAUGAACCAGGUGAUAAUAACGAUAACGAAACUGAUGACGAUGAUGAUGAUGAUGAAAAUAUUCCAUGUCCACAUCGUGGAAUAAUUAAUUCUGCCUUUUCACAAGAGAAUAUUUCUGAUACACAAUCAAAAAUUAUUUGUGAUUUUUGCGGUGAAAUGUCACAUGAUAUUCAUUCUGAAUUAUUGUGUCAUUGUAAAUGUCAUUAUAAAAAAAAUUAUUGUCAACAUAUUGAGGAAUUAUUUAUUGAUGAUAGGAGAAAACGACUUCACAAUUAUCCAAAAGUAUUGGCUUAUCGAAGAAAAACAAUAGAAUGUCCACGAUGGAAAAAGGGUGUUCGUUGGAAAACAAUGGGCAAUAAAAUUGUUGUUGAAAAAAAAUCACGAAGAAAAACAGUUGACAGUGUACCAUCAGCAAAGAAACUUGUUGCAUCAACAAUGAGAAAUUCAUUAAAUUUCAGUAAUUCUGAAAAUAAUUUAUCAUAUGAUGAGAAAAAAUGUAGUUGCUCGUAUAAAAAAGAAGAAUGUACUGAUGAUGAUGAUGAUUCAUCAAUUGAUGGACAAAAUAACACGAAAUUAUAAAGUUUAAAAUCAAUUUCUUAAAUUGGAAAUUUUUUUUAUAAAAAAAAAUUUGAUUUAAAAAAUCAAUAAACUUUAAUUUCAUUGUAUUUAGAUAAUUGAUUAUUGUCAAAUUAAUUUAAUUUUGCAUUUAGAAAUUAUCGAGAAUUUCUGUAGAUAGGAAAUAUAUAUAAUUUUGUUUUUGAUGUU